AUGGGAUAUCCCGAGACCUUUACAGGAUUCCAAAUUGAAGAUCCUGCAAAAUGGACCGAGUUUCAUAAGAACCAAUAUACACCUAAGCCAUUCGGCGACUUUGAUGUCGAUAUCAAGAUUUUGGCCUGUGGUGUUUGCGCGAGUGAUUUGCAUACUGUUAGUGGAGGGUGGGGUGAACAGAAGUUUCCGCUUUGUGUGGGGCAUGAAAUUGUAGGAGAAGCCCUCCGCGUCGGCCCAAAAGUAACUCUCAUCAAGCCCGGUCAACGUGUUGGUGUUGGUGCUCAAUCAUACUCCUGUCUCCAAUGUCGUCAGUGCAAAAAUGACAACGAGACAUACUGUCUUCACCAACUCGAUACCUAUGGAGCCGUCUGGCCCGAAACGGGUAUCGUUUCCCAAGGUGGCUAUGCUAGCCAUGUGAGAACUCAUGAGCAUUGGGUUUUCCCCAUUCCAGAUGGAUUGAAGACCGAAGAGGCGGCUCCUAUGUUGUGUGCUGGUUUGACGGCUUAUAGUCCUUUGGUUAGAAAUGGCUGUGGACCUGGAAAGAAGGUGGGUAUUGUGGGAUUGGGAGGAAUUGGUCAUUUUGGUGUUAUGUUUGCUAAGGCUUUGGGCGCUGAGACUUGGGCUAUUUCGAGAACCCACGCCAAAGAAGCCGAUGCAAAGAAACUCGGCGCUGAUGGCUUUCUCGCCACAGCCGACAAGGACUGGAACAAAGAGCACAUCAUGACCUUCGACUUGAUAGUCAACACAGCUUCUUCCUCCUCAGGAUUCAAUUUCUCCGAGUACCUCGAGCUCCUCGACGUACACGGCCACUGGGUAUCCGUCGGACUCCCCGAAGGCGAAGGUCAAACGAUCGAUAACUUUCAACUAUUGAAAAACGGUGUUCUCAUCGGAGGAAGUCAUCUAGGUAGCAGAAAAGAGGUUCUGGCCAUGUUGGAUUUAGCCGUGGAGAAGGGUAUCAAUAGUUGGGUUGAGACGAUUGAUAUUAGUGAGGAGGGAUUGAAGACGGCCUUGACGAGGUUGCAUAAUAAUGAUGUUAGGUAUAGAUUUACGAUGGUGGGUUAUGAGAAGUGUUUUGGUACUUAG